AUGACCCCACAAACCAAAAAUAGGCCGACAGAUUUAAAAGGAAAACAAAUACAAACAAGUUUUACCUUUUCUCAAGAUAUUCUCCAAACUCCCGAUGACAAUCCGGGCCGGCGUUUCCACCGUUGUGAGAUCCACGGAUUCGUGAGCUGGGCUGACACAGAAGAACCCUCAAAUUGGCUGAAGGAAAGUUUAUUGGAGGCGAGGGAUCAGAUAAGGCAUUACAAACGAGAGGCAGCGAGUUUACGGUCUACAUUAGCUGAAAGCAACGUUAUUAUUGAGAUGUUAAGGUCAAGUGCAAGGGGAAACGAAGAUGUGGAAAUACAUCCAUCUGAAUAUCAAAUGUUGGAUAUGUUUAAUGCGACAAACAAGACAAUGCGCAUCAUGUUCAUCAUCACCUGGGUUUUACUUUUACUUGCAACAGCCGUAAUCGUUUCAAUUAUGGCUGAAUAA